AUGAUCCAGGAGUGGUCUCUGGACGUCGGCGAGUUCAAUCUCGUCCUAAUCGUCUUCUCGUCAGUCGUCGUCACUCUCGCUCUAAUCGCAAUCGUCAUACUGUACUGUUGGAUGAGUUGUGGGUGUUGUAAACGGAAAAGUGUGCGACGUCACAGUAAUAUUCCACACGUUAUGAUCACACAGCACAGGGAUAAGACGCCGCUCUCCAUCGAUUGUCCGGAUCUUGACUUUAUCGACGCUCGCAACACAAAUUUGGUCUCCUCAACAGUUCAAGUGGAUUCAGUUCAUCAGACGCCGACUCUUUCUUAA